AUGCCCUCAGCCUCUCGUGCUCCUGCGGCCUCCCCUCGCUCGGGGUCAUCCCUGUACUCGUCCAUUCAUGCUGAUCGAGGCGCCACUCUCCUCUCGGGAAAAGAGCCACUUGGAAAACAUGACGGAUGGGACAUCAACCUUCAUCUCUGCUCCGAACGGACUCAGCCCGGAACCACAUCUCAGAACACGUUUUACUUGCAUCGAUCUUUCCUGCGUAAAAGCCCCUACCUUGUUAGGAUUCUGCAGCUUUUCCCUCACGUCCAACGCAUCGAAGUCCUGUCCUCGCCGGGAUUCAACUGUCCGCAUGCAGUCUAUCUUGCUAUACAGGCACUGUACGGCUAUCCACUCCUGGAUCGGAUGAAUGUCCGCCAGCGCACGCUGGAGGGCUUCAAGGACCAAGACAUUACCGGCGAAUCUUUCAACAUCGAAAUUCGCAUGGUUGACUUUGUGAUAUGCUAUGCUGUGUCGGGCGUCUUCCUAGAUCGCGGUGAUAUCUCUGGACAGGGAAUUAAAUUACUGGUGGACAUGCUUAACAUGGAGAAUGUCGAAUACAUGCUGAGGUUUGCUCUAUAUCCGGAUUAUUUCUUCCUCCAGAGUCCAUUGCUCCCAUGUGGCCUGGCAAACUACGCGGGGACUAUGAUUGAAAGCUACUCCACUGAACACAUCGAAAGCUUCAAGGCAGAGGAUACGCGGCAUCUUUUGACCAAGAUCUUACGAUUUAUCGGUUCCAGGAUUCCAGAGAACUUCCCCCUGUUCACUGGUUACUUUGAUGCCGACUUGAUCACCCGCAUUCCGUACGAUCUUCGGACUCUCCCAGACUCUGCUGUGUCCAACUAUCGCCUGGCCCACAUGCAUUUUGGAGAGCUGCUGUCUUUAAAGCAGCACCAGCCGGACCACAGCACGCUGAUCAAAUCGGUCAUCCUCCUGAACGUCCCCUUCGAAUGUUUGCAAGUCAUCAUCGAGGAAAUGAAAAGCAACGGCACGCUGUCCCCCACCUUGCUGGAUCGUAUCGUGCAAGUCCGCGAGAAACUCCGCCUUCAUGCUCUUAGGUAUCACGAACGCGUGAAGGAUGAAAUCGCGGAUCCCUUCAUCGAUUCUCAGCAUAUGGGGUUUCGCGAGUAUGUUGUCGGGUUGGAGACCCGCGAGCGGGCCAAUGGACAAAACGUCAGUCUUAUUCUUAGCCGCGAGUUCGUCGGGUUCCGGGUCGUUGAGCCCCGUCCCUACACAUUUCAUGCCCUCGGCACCCUGGAAAACCCUGGUGGCGGGCAGCGUUCCUCUGCAGCGUCGGCUUCUUCUGCGGCUCAGUAG